AUGGCCAGCUGUGAUGUCUCUCCGAAAGCCAAGGCGCAAAAGGCAUUGUCCUGGAAAGUGCCUGAGGAUAAUUCAGAAACCGAUGAAACCCUGCUGCUGGCGGAAAGAUUGAGCUCUGCAGUGAGGGAUAGCAUCCAUGAGCUCCUCCCAUCAGCUCUCAGAGACGCAACGGCCGCCACAUUGCAAAAGCUGUCGGUGGUGACCCUAAAGAUGUCAAACUUCCUUGACAGGAUGGAAAUGCAGGCUUUGGACGCCUCUGUCACAGAGGGGAGCAGCUGUUUGAAUGGUCCCAUGAGCGGGGCGGUGAGCCCGCGGAGCAUGAACAGCCUCUUAGAUAAACCCAAGCCGACCGUCUCGGUGGCUUCCGUAGAGAGGAUAAUAGACAGCUGUGAUGUUGUACAUGUUUCAUCUGGGCGCUCAGGCUCACCAAAACCAGGAGAGAAGGCUUCGCCAGCCACCUAUCAGUCCCUCGAGAUUCAGGUUGUGCCGCACAUGCCUAUCCGAGGAGGCAACGGAAGCAACGGAAACAACGCCAUUGCGACGGCCGCCAAGACGCGAAAGGCGGUUUCGGUGCAAGGUUGGAAUGGCUGUUUGGGCGAGGAAAUAUUCCUGCCGAUCCCCGUAAACACUCCGCGCCGGUCCAUUGAUGAGUCGGCAGGGGUGUCCAGCGACCAAUUGAAGUCCAAGAGUCCUAAGCUUGAAAAGAUGGGCAUGAAGAGUCUAGAGACGCGCCUGGCUCGCGAGCUCUUCAAGACGGCCAAGAAGACCGGAACGAAGGGCUUCAGUUGGGCGGAGGAUUGUUCGUUGUCUGCCAUCUCUCGGCAAGACUCCAGACCACAUGUGGCCGGCUUGAACAGCGAGACGGAGCAACGCCAGGCACCUAUGAGGCGGGGUCUGAGUAGAGAGAGCCUACCGACUUCGCAGUCGUCUGGCUUCAGGCUCUUGCGUGGCACACCACAGGCGCCAGCGAACAAGCCACUGCACCCGGAGGUGCCCUCUGGUGUGGUGCCGGAGAUGGUUACCGGGCCGCUGCUACCAGCCAUCCCCAGCCAAGACUUGAUGCCAGAGGAUGGGACGACAACCUUGAGCGAAGGCCUGAAAUUUGGGUCCGAAGAACAAGGAGGUGAUUCCCCACCAAACUCACAGGAAGAUGGAAAGAAAGAGGUCAGCGGGCGGAUUUGUACAGACCCGCAGCUGACAGAAGGAACUCCAAAGAGGAAUGUCCCGACGCAUACUUCCAGGUCCAAGAAAGGUUCGGUCCAAUUGCGUGAUGCCAACAAUGAUGAGCUGAUUCGCGCCACCAUCAAGAGUGUGAACAAGAUUGCUCCUUUGUCGGAGAUCGAACCCUUCGAUGUGACUGUGGAGACUGGCUAUUCAGACGAAGAAAGUGAGGCCGAAGUUGGGCAGAUUCGCUUUCCAUGGCUCCGAGCGGCCGGAAAUAAAACGGUGACGGGCAUUUCACUGCUGAAUUGCUCAGCGAGUGUUUGCGACAGCCGAAUGGUGACGCUGCUGUUCCAAGGGGCGUUGAUGCUCACGUGUCUUCUCGCCGUGGGUUGGUCGAUGACCAAUGUCAUUCUGCAGUACAUCGCCAUGCAAGAGAACGCCGGGCUUCACAGUUACUUCUUCUACGACGUAGCCCUGGCCUUUGGAGCUCUAUUGUCUUUGCUCUGUGGUGGCUGUUUACGAUUCUCAACACCCGUCGCAGAAUGCGAAGCGAUGUUGGAUGCAUUUACAGAAGGGAGGUCACUUUACGAGGAUUGGUUAAGCAAGUGUCGAUGGGACGCGCUACUUGUGCUGAUUAUUUGGGCGCUAUCGGUGGUUGAGCGGACACGGGAGCUUUUCGCUGAUGGCAUCGCCACUUUACAACUGCAACAGGAUGUGGAUCAACAGGAGCUUGUGUACAACCUGUGCAAUCUCGGAUCGUUUGCAGUCUCUGGCGCGGUCUUGCUGUCUUGCCUCUUCCGCAUCAUGCGGGUCUGUCGAGGAUUUUACGUCAUCAUCGAUGACUUCUCCUUUAAUCUGGUCACUACUUCAGACCUUUGUGUUGCUGAACAGGACUGGAAUUUGUUACAGGCUUUGCUCCGGAGGAGCUGCCAUUCCUUGCAGUACCUCUUCAUCGUGUUGCAGAGCACCAUUGUUGCAGCGUUGAUACUGGGUGUGGACGACUUUUAUCGUCUCAACAAACCGACUCUGCUCAUUUCAGGAGCCUGUGUAUUGAUCGGCUUGGCGCAGCUGUUCCUAUGCGCUGCAAGCGUCACUGACCACUGCGAGCGACUGCCUCCCUUUGUGAACUCGUUGGGCUUUGGACGAUCGCUGGAUGCAGAUCGUCUGUACUUGGUGGAGUACAUGCCACUGGGCCCAGCAGGUUUCUAUAUUUUUGAAGUUCGGGUAACUCGAGACAUGGUGCUGAAGGCCUUCUACAUCAGUGGAAUGGCCACCUUUUACUUUGCCACCAAGGUGAUGGCUGCCGGAUUUUGA